GCCUCACGGGGAACCGUCUCAGCCUGGCCGAAGCGUCGGCCCAGAUGGGUGCCCCUUAAGCCGAGGCCGUGGGCCCCUGCGGAGGAUGGUGACCCCCUGGCGCCUCUCUGUCAGGGUCUGCUUGUCGCACCUAAGGUGUCUGGAGCUCAGGAAGGAACUCGGCCUUCUAAGACCCUCCGGGUGCUCUCGCAAUGCCAGGCUCUGUUGGCUUCUGUUCGGCACUUUGCCCAAACUCAUCUCAGCCCAUGAGGACAUUGAGAAGGGGGUCCCUGACAGCUUGGGUCAGCGAAGGGCCCGCUGGAGGGACCUGGCCGAAAAUGGGCAGGUGGAGAGAGUGUCCCAGGCAGGGCGGCCAGGCUGCGCCCUCCUGCUUCUCCGCACGUGGCUCCGGGCCGGCGCUCUCCUGGUGAAGUUCUUCCCCCUCCUUCUGCUCUACCCACUCACCUACCUGGCGCCCAGCCUCUCCUGCCUUUGGCUCCACCUGCUUCUGAAAGCCACCGAGACCUCAGGCCCAACGUACAUCAAACUGGGCCAGUGGGCCAGCACCCGGCGCGAUCUCUUUUCUGAGGCUUUCUGUGCACAGUUCUCCAAGCUCCACGUCCAAGUGACCCCCCACCCGUGGACUCACACUGAGCACUUCCUCCGGCAGGCAUUUGGGGAGGACUGGAGGAGCGUCCUCUUUUUUGAGGACCAGGAACCUGUGGGUUCAGGCUGCGUGGCCCAAGUGUACAAGGCAUUCGCCAACGCUGCCUUCUUGGAGAACCACAGCAUCCCGGGCCGCGGCCAGGCCUCCCGUCUGCAGCCUUCCUCAGAAGCUGGGCCAGUCGGGGGGCUGAGACAGCUCUUUGGCCACCUUGGGAAUGGGAGGAAGCCUCCAGGAAAUCUUGCUGACCAAUCAUUUCUAGAAAGGCUGCUCCUCCCCAAAGCUGACCUAGUUGGAUCCAAUGCGGGCAUGUCUGCCCACCGCCCCCAGCCAGACCACCUCAUUCCUGUGGCAGUGAAGGUGUUGCACCCCGGCCUGCUCUCCCAGGUGCAUAUGGACCUGCUGCUGAUGAAGAUUGGCAGUCGAGUGCUUGAACUUUUGCCAGGAAUCAAGUGGCUUAGCUUGCAUGAGAUCGUGGAGGAAUUUGAGAAGCUCAUGGUCCAACAGAUCGACCUACGUUAUGAAGCUCAGAAUCUGGAACACUUCCAGCACAACUUCCAGAACGUGAAAUCUGUCAAAUUUCCCACCCCUCUGCACCCCUUUGUCACCAGGGAUGUGUUGGUGGAAACAUAUGAAGAGAGUGUGCCUGUGUCCAGCUACCAGCAGGCAGGAAUUCCCAUUGAUUUGAAGAGGAAGAUUGCGCGGCUGGGAAUCAACAUGCUUCUGAAGAUGAUAUUUGUGGAUAACUUUGUGCAUGCGGACCUCCACCCUGGGAACAUCCUGGUCCAGGGUGCUGACGGGCUCUCUGUGAGCCGGGGGGCACAGCUGCAGCAGGUGGAUGUCUGUGACACGCUGGUGGCACCCACCCCAUGCCCACUGCGCCUGGUGCUGCUGGAUGCUGGCAUCGUGGCCGAGCUGCAGGCUGCUGACCUGUGCAAUUUCCGGGCGGUUUUCCUGGCUGUGGUGAUGGGGCAGGGCCAGAGAGUGGCUGAGCUCAUCCUGCGUCAUGCCCGGGCCAGCGAGUGCAGGGAUGUUGAGGGGUUCAAGGCCGAGAUGGCAACACUGGUGGCUCAGGCCAGGAAGAACACCAUCACUCUGGAAAAGCUUCACGUCUCCAGCCUUCUCUCCAGUGUCUUCAAGUUACUGAUGACUCACAAGGUCCAGUGUCCUCCCCCUGACGAUGGCAGUGGACAUGUGGCGGACCUUCGUGGAAAUGCUGAAGGCCACUCCCAAGAGUCUCUCCUAUGGCAGCUGGAACAUCUUAGAAUCGGGAUGUGUGGCGGGUAAAAACCACAUUUUAUCCCUCUACGCAGUGGAUUGUCUUGCUCAUCUUGGAGACCACUGCUGUAGACAGUGAGUACCAAGUCAAGCCCUUCUGUUCCCCAAAAGUCCUACUGUGACCAGCGCACUAGAUUCUUCCAUUCUUUCCUUCUCUAGGAUAAAGUUCCUUAUUUCUCUUAGGGAGCAAGUAUGGUUUA